UCUUUAUGACUUUUCCAAGAUACUCCGUACUAUAUUACACGGUGCAUAUAUAUAUGCGUAGGUGCUGUCUAAGGACAGACAAAGCUGAGGUUUGUGCGCAGUACGAGAAAGAUGGGCGCGCCAAGAACGAGAUACUAUGUGGUCGCGGUUGUGCUGGGAGUGGUUCUCAGUGCCGCCAUUCUGUGCAGCGCCGGAAUCAGCAGCAGUUAUGUUCGGAAGGUCGAGAAAAGUGCGGAUAUGCCGCUCGACAGUGAUGUCUUCCGCGUGCCUCCCGGAUAUAAUGCGCCUCAACAGGUUCAUAUCACACAAGGAGAUGUUGCGGGGAAAGCAAUGAUUGUUUCAUGGGUGACUGUGGAUGAACCGGGUUCGAAUACAGUGCUGUACUGGAGUGAGAACAGCAAACACAAGAAAGAGGCCAAAGGAAAAAUGAAAACCUAUAAAUACUUCACUUAUACUUCGGGUUACAUUCACCAUUGCACCAUUAGGGAUCUUGAGUACAACACCAAAUACUACUAUGAGGUGGGGAUUGGGAACACGACUCGAACCUUCUGGUUCAUGACACCUCCUGAAGUUGGGCCUGAUGUUCCCUAUACGUUUGGUCUUAUAGGGGAUCUUGGACAGAGUUUUGCCUCAAACCGGACACUCACACAUUAUGAAUUAAAUCCAAGAAAGGGGCAAACAGUUCUGUUUGUUGGCGACCUCUCAUAUGCAGAUACUUAUACUAACCAUGAUAAUGUAAGAUGGGAUACAUGGGGUAGGUUUGUUGAGAGAAGUGCUGCUUAUCAACCUUGGAUUUGGGCUGCAGGAAACCACGAGAUAGAUUUUGCCCCUGAUCUUGGCGAAACAAAACCCUUCAAACCUUUUACUAACCGGUUUCAUGUUCCCUAUAAAGCAUCAAAUAGCACUGCUCCUCUUUGGUACUCAAUCAAGAGAGCUUCAGCAUAUAUCAUAGUUCUGUCGUCAUAUUCAGCAUAUGGCAAAUACACCCCUCAAUACAUGUGGCUUAAACAGGAGCUGACAAAAGUUAACAGGAACGAGACACCAUGGUUGAUUGUUCUUAUGCAUGCUCCAUGGUACAACAGCUAUGACUAUCACUAUAUGGAAGGAGAAACUAUGAGAGUAAUGUACGAGGAAUGGUUUGUGGAGCACAAAGUUGAUGUUGUUUUUGCUGGUCAUGUUCAUGCUUAUGAACGCUCGGAGCGCAUAUCGAAUGUGGCGUACAACAUUGUAAAUGGGAAAUGCACGCCUGUCCGAAACCAAUCUGCCCCUAUAUACAUCACAAUUGGUGAUGGAGGAAACCAUGAAGGCUUGGCCACCAUCAUGACAGAACCACAGCCAGAAUACUCGGCUUUUCGCGAGGCGAGUUUUGGGCAUGCCACACUUGACAUCAAGAACAGAACCCACGCAUACUAUAGCUGGCAUUGCAAUCAAGAUGGAUAUGCAGUGGAAGCAGAUUCAAUGUGGGUUUCGAACCGAGUUUGGCAUCCAGUUGAUGAUUCUACAACUACCAUCUUCUGAUACCAUAACUUUUAUCCUCUC